UUUUUUUUCUUGAAAAUCUAAAAGAAACUAAAUGACAAAUACUAUUUAUGAAUAUCAAUCAGGUCAAAGGAAAAGAUUGGAAAUAUUUUAUAAUGAUUUUUAUAAUAAGGAUAAAACACGACGAUUGAUGAAAACAUUGAUACAGCAAAGUCAACGAUGGUGGUCAUAUGGGAUGGUGGCCAUAGUAGCUCAUGCAGUUGCAGGACAUGGACUUUGGACUUAUUGUUCUUCUCUUAUGGAACGCUAUACACCAACAUUAGUGAUCAAUCAUAACACUAGAAUGACAACAACGCAAGCUCUUGUAAUGGAAUUAACUUUAUGGAGUGCGGGAUGGACAAUGGCUUGGUAUGCUUGGUUAUCACAUAGGUACGUCACGCAGGUGAAACAAAGAACAACACGAUGCAUUGAUGAGAUAGAACGCGUAUUUGAUCAACCGAAAAGUAAUGUAUGGGUGAUGAUUGACAAUGACAAGAAGAUAUCGUCCAUUGGGAAAGGUCGUAUAUUAGGUGUGGCUAUACUUCGAUGUAAAGAAAUCAACAAUCAUUUGGAAGAAGGACAAAUCCAAGUAAACGCUUUAGGAUCACGAAUCGAGCUGGCUUUGGUUCAAAAUGCAAUUCAAUUUGCCCGACAACAAGAUAUCAAGGUCAUUACUCAAGCUCAACGGAAAAACAGGCUAGAUGGUUUUAUCUGAAAUAGUUUAUUGUUGUUUUGUUACUUUUUUUUUUUAUUACUAUUCUUUGAUUACAUAGUAUUUGUUUAUAGAAUAUUGUGUAUUCCCCAUACUUGGUAUCUUUCUUAUUCCUUA